CUCCCUGCACGUGCGAGACGCUUAGCUGCCGCACCCCCAUCCCUCAGGCUCAGAAUCCAUCAUAAACCAUGCAGCUCUCACAGGGCGCGCGAUUCUGAAACAUUAUAGUCCUUUAACCACAUAUCCUAAUAGAGCAAUCGACCAAGAUUUACAUACAAUAAUCGGUUUCUCUGCUAUAUAUCUACUUUUCUCAGUUGUCACGCUUUGUACUCCAGGGCUAGAGCCUCGAUCCCUUUCUUUUAUUCUGCAUUUCUAUUUCUUUGUUCUCGCUGUUCUAGCUCGGUAAGACCCUGCAGUUUUGAGAUUGUUCCGCCACUGUCUGCAUUACUCAUUUAGAGAAAGGGGGAUGGCACAUCGCCCUGCAUGUUGCAACAAACAAAAAGUGAAGAAAGGGCUAUGGUCACCAGAGGAGGAUGAGAAACUCAUCAAGUACAUUUCGACCAAUGGCCAUGGUAGUUGGAGCUCAGUUCCUAGACUUGCCGGCCUAGAGAGAUGUGGAAAGAGCUGCAGACUCAGAUGGCUAAAUUAUCUCCGACCAGACUUGAAACGUGGGAGGUUCUCUCCCCGAGAAGAAGCUCUAGUCAUUGAACUCCAUAGCAUUCUUGGUAACAGGUGGUCUCGGAUAGCCAAGCACCUACCUGGAAGAACAGAUAAUGAGGUGAAGAAUUUUUGGAACUCAACUAUAAGCAAGAAGCUCCUUUACCAUGAUGCUGUUCCUGCUUUUGCAACCUUUCCUCUUAUCGACUAUCCUAGUGGUUUAGAGGAAAAUGAAAACCCUAAUUUGAUCCUAAGCUCUCAACCAGGCCAGCUACUCCAGCUUCCCCCUCCAAUCACAGUGCUGCAAGUCCUGGAUCAUGGCGAUGAAAGGUCAGGACAAAGCAAUUAUAGUCCCACAGCUUGGUUUCAUUUUCAACCUCCAAUCCCGCCACAAUCAGAUUCAUCUUCUUCGUGUGAAACUUGGUCUGUGGGGUACAACGAUCAACCCAAUCAUCAACUUGAUCCCAACGAACAAGACCAUCUGAAUCUUAUUUCUCCUGAUGUCGUUCCUUAUUUAGCAAGAUUUCCUGCUACUGAUUAUCCUAGCGGUUCAGAGGAUACUGGUUUAAAUGCGAGCCCUAAUUUGUUCCUAAACUCUCAACAAGACCGCCUACAUCUCGCCUCUCAAAUCACGAUGGCACAAGCUUUAGAUCAUGGUGAUUAUAGAUUAGGACUGAACAAUUGUUGUCCAACUGCGGUUCAUUUCCCACUUGCAGUCUCAGCAUUAUCAGACUCUUCUUACAAAACUUGGUCACUGGGGUUUGAAAAUUUCUGCAAAGGAGCAACUCCACAUGAGGGUAGUGGCCUUAUCAACAAUCCAAGUAUCCCAGAACCUCCGAAUUAUAAGACUAACGCAAGAUUGGAAUGCCACGAAAUGCCGGAACUCUUUGAGGUCGUUAACGGUAGUAUUAAUUAAUUAAUUAAUGCUGGUAGCUAGCAUGCGCAUGCCCGCUGACCUGCAGCUAGAUAUAUGAUCACCCUCAAUCCAUACAUGUUCUCCAGUACUUGGGUCUUAAUUAAUUUCCUCGUUUAUUCACAAGUUCCAGCCAUUCCAUAUAUCAUAACACCAUCGUUAUCAUCUGCAUCAUUGAAAUAUUAUCAUCGUUGAGGUACGCCAUCAUCAAAGUUUCAAAAUUUUGUCUCUAGCCCUGGACAAACUAGUGCUAGUACUACUUCAUCGCUAUAGUCAUAUGUGAAGUGGGGCCGCGUAUUUGCCGAUAUGUAUGCAAGGGAAAGUGGCCGUGUACGGGAACCCCUGAAGUACUGUCGUCACUGGUUGAUCAAGCUUUAUAUAUAAUUAUUGACUUUGUACUAAUGGUGGUCACCAGUUGCAUGAAUAUUAUGUUUUUC